AUGGGGAGAGGGAUUGUGAGGAGCUGUUGGAAGGAAGAAAUUCCUAAUGUUUCGCUAGUGGAGAAGGAGGAAGUGAUAAUUUUGGGUGGGAGAUCUCAAAUUGUAGGAAAGGAUGCUGGAGUUCCCCAAUUUAAGAGGAAUUUAACGAUGAAAAUGGGAAGUGCAUCUCUUGGAACAACACCUUGUCCUCAAUUGCCAACUGUGUUCUCUUUCAAAUAUUCUGUUUUCCAACAAAACGUGGGAAACAACUAUGAUUCAGGUCAUGGGGCAAAUGGCUCUAUUACAAGGAAGAGAGCUGUGGUGGAGGAAGCAAUAGAAAUCCCUAAAGUUAAAAAGAGAGUGCCAAGAAGAGGAGGAAAAAGAUUUAAAGCAGCAGCUGGAUCCUCAUCGGUACUGGGUAAGAGGAAUAAUGAAGAAGGGGAGGACAUUCGAGCUGAAAAGGAGGCAGAGGAGUCGCUAGUAUAAAAAACAAGGUG